AGAUAAAUUCUGAUUACUUUUUUUUUAUCAACUAUUUAUUUUUGAAAGUCAUUCAUCAAAAUUAUCAGAUAAAGAUUUGUAGCUGCUAAUAUCGUUCAAUCAGUUUUCGCGGACUGGAAAUAAAAAGUUUCUGAAGAGGGUAAAGACUUAAGAUUGCAGUUAUGGAGUUCAUACUGAUGAUAGCUCAGGAUCUUUUCCAUGAUCUAAUUAACUAUCCCUUUUAUUCUGCUGUAAUAAUUAUUUUUGUUCUGGGUAGUUUAAUGCAUUUCUACUGCAGACUGACCCUUGGCAUUUGUGAUAGUCAUCAGGAUAUGAGGAACAAAACAGUGCUUAUAACAGGUGCAUCAGCAGGUAUUGGUAAAAUGACCGCUAUGGAUAUGGCAAGAAGAAACGCUCGUGUGCUGCUCGCUUGUAGAAAUGUUGAAAAAGCUAAUAAAGUGGCCGAAGAGAUAAAAAAGACCACUGGAAAUCAGAACGUGUUUGUCAAGGUUUUAGAUUUGACUUCUUUUGCAUCUGUAAGAGCAUGUGCAAAAAGUGUAUUGGAAACUGAAGAAAAAUUACACGUUUUAAUCAAUAAUGCCGGCAUAGCAGGAUUAAAAAAUCGAAAGCUGACAGAAGAUGGUUGCGAAAACACGAUGCAGUCUAAUCAUUUGGGACACUUUCUUUUGACGCUUUUACUUUUAGAUUUGCUGAAGCGUAGUUCACCCAGCAGAAUAAUCAACGUGUCUUCUGAAGCCCAUCGUUACCAGAGGUUAGACAUCGAAGACCUGAGCAACAAAAAAGGAUUGAAUUCGAUUUAUGUUUAUGGAAACACUAAGUUGGCAAACGUCUUAUUUACUGCUGAAUUGGCUGAUAGACUUCAAGGAUCAGGAGUGACAGUUAAUUCAUUGCAUCCCGGUGUGGUGAACUCGGAUUUCUUGACUCCACUUGAUGGUUUAUAUUCAAUUUUAAUGAGAAUAUUGUUUUUUGUGGUUGGCAAAACAUCAGAAGAAGGUGCUCAAACUACAAUUCAACUGGCAGUUGAUCCUCGGUUGGAAAAGACUACUGGGAAGUAUUUCGCUGAUUGCAAAAAGAAAUCAGUGACACGAGCGGCAAGGAACAAAUUACUGGCAAAACGUCUGUUUGAAGUUAGCGAAAAAAUCGUUGGAGAAUCAUUUUGUAAAAAACAAUAAAAAGCCAUAAAAUAAAUUUUAUAAAGCA